AUGGCACCCACGGACGCUAGCGAGCACUGCCGCCUCGUGGUCCUCUGCUCCGGCUCGGGUACGAACCUGCAGGCCGUCAUUGACGCCAUCGCGGCCGGCACGAUCCCCGACAGCAAGAUCGAGAGGGUUGUCGUUAACAGGAAGAACGCAUUCGCGGUCCAGAGGGCCGAGAAGGCCGGCAUCCCCACCAGUUAUUUCAAUCAAGUCUCCGGGGGCUUCACGCAAAAGGGCGAGAAGGACGAGAACAAACUGAAGGAGGGCCGCGCUCGUUACGACGCCGCCUUGGCCGAGGUUGUUCUGCAGGACAAGCCGGACCUCGUCAUCCUGGCUGGGUGGAUGGCCAUUUUCACAUCGAGCUUCCUGCGGCCUCUCGAUUCUGCCGGAGUUCCUGUCAUCAAUCUGCAUCCCGCGUUGCCCGGUGCUUACGACGGCGCCAAUGCCAUCGGCAGGGCAUACGACGACUUCAAGGCCGGCAAGCUGAAGAACAACCGAACCGGGGCCAUGAUUCACUACGUCAUCGAGGCCGUAGACAGAGGAGAGCCUAUUCUGGUCGAGGAGGUUGAGGUCCGCGAAGAUGAUAGUCUGGCAGACCUGGAAGAACGUAUGCACAGCGUUGAGCACCAGAUCAUCGUCAAAGCCACGGCCAAGGUCGUGCAGGAGAUACUGGCCAAGAAGAAGCAGCAUUGA